AUGGUUGGCGUAUCCGAUACAACCAUUUUUAAAAUCCUGCACGAUCAUCUUGGCAUGACUAAGGUCAGUGCAAGAUGGGUACCGAGAAUGCUCACGCCGCCGCAAAAACAACAACGCGUAGAGUGUUCACGUGCAUUUUUGUACCUCUGCAAUGAAGACAAGGAUGGUGUAUUGAGUCGAAUUGUUACUGGAGACGAAACUUGGGUUCAUCAUUAUGAACCUGAGUCGAAACAAGACUCUAUGCAGUGGCAUAAAAAGGUCACAGCACCCCCCAAGAAGUUUAAGUUGUCACAGUCAGCUGGAAAAUUCAUGGCAACGGUCUUUUGGGACUCAGAAGGAAUAUUAUUGAUCGAUUAUAAGGAUAAAGGUGUUUCUAUAACCGGAGAAUACUACGCUUCAAUAUUAGAGCGAUUAAAAGAAGCCAUUAAAGAGAAAAGACGGGGAAAAUUGACGAAAGGUGUGCUGCUUUUGCACGAAAAUGCGCCCGUCCACAAGAGCCACGUUGCGUUGGCUGCCUUGCUUAAAGUGGGCUUCGAUAUUUUGAACCACUCACCCCACAGUCCAGACCUGGUCCCGAGUGAUUAUUACCUCUUUCCAAAAAUGAAAAAAGAGCUGCGAGGUAAAAAAUUUACCACCGAUGAUGAAGUUAAGGAGGCAGUUUCAGGGUUUUUUGAGGACAAAGACAAAACAUUUUUUAAUGAGGGUAUAAAUAAAUUAAUUGAAAGAUCUGAAAAAUGUGUCCGUCUUGCAGGUGAAUAUAUUGAUAAGGAAAAAUAA